GUGUUUGGCAGAAAAAUCUGCUGGUUGGCAUUUUUUCAGAAAUUGGCAUUUUUCUUGGCGUAUUUUUAUUGAUAAAUCAUUGCUUUAAAAAGACUUAUCGGUAACACGAUUAUUUAUAGAAUGAGAUGGGAACUCUGAUUCAAGGAGCAUUUAAUUCAGCUACCCAAACUUUAGUACCCCUUUAAAAAGUCAAUUUUCUUUCACUCCUGAGGGUGGCUCGCGGGGGCCCGGGUAACUUUGUAAACAUUGGCCAGCUGACGCAGGUACCGGGUGUAGUAGGAGUCGUCUCAUAACAAGAGGUGAGGCUGCCCUGUAAUGAAUGACCGGCUGACGGAGUGACGGACGGGUACCUAUUUGUCUAAUCUGCGACAAACAUACACCAUUAUGUCAAAAAAAUGGAAGAGUUUAUAUGACUCCUCCAGAAAAUUUAAAGAUGAGUGGGAAAUUUUUUUUUUGUGGGUAAAACAGUCUAGUGAUGGUUCUGGUGAAGCCUUCUGCAAGCUCUGUCACUGCAAUUUGGUUCCAAGGUUGUCUUCCCUUCAAAAUCAUGAAAAAUCGGAUAAGCAUCAAAAGCGACAGGCUGCAAUACCUUACACAUCUGCUCUGAAGGUCAGUCCAAAUGUGUCUGAUGAAGUGAAACGUGCUGAGCUGGAGAUAGCCACUGCCAUAUGCUGUCACUGCUCCACUAUAUCGGUUGACCACAUUAGUGAUAUCAUCAAGCGAAAUGGAAAAGGAAGUACUCUUGGUAAAAUCAAUAUUCAUCGUACAAAAUGUAGCAAAAUAUUGACCGAGGUUAUUUCCCCUGCUUAUGUGGAAGAGUUGAAAUCAGAUGUUCUGGGGCAAAAAUUUGCUAUACUUGUUGAUGAAUCAACUGAUGUUGCAUCAAAAAAGUUACUUUGCGUUGUCAUCAGGUAUUUCAGUAGAUCAGAAAAGAAAAUUGUGACAGAAUUAGUUGAACUAGUUGAAGUGAGUGAAGCUACACGUGAGGCAUUGUUUCAAGCAAUAAAGAAUUCAAUCGAAAAGUUAGGAUUGUCAUUGAAAGACUGCAUAGGGUAUGCUAGUGAUGGAGCAUCAGUCAUGACUGGCACUCACAAUUCAGUGUGGAGUAGGAUUCAUGAGGAAUCUCCCAAUUGUGUCCAGAUGAAAUGCAUCUGCCAUUCCUUGGCUUUGUGUGUUCAGGCAGCAUUUAAAAAGCUUCCUGCAAGUCUUGGAUUUCUGUUGGCAGAAAUCCCUAAAUGGUUUUCUAAAAGUGCCAUAAGAAGAGAAGCUUUUAGUACACUCUUCAGUAUAAUGGAUCCUUGUGAGGAAAGGAAAGGAACACCACUGCCAUUUCAGCAAGCAUCAGUCACUAGAUGGUUGGUAAGAGGAAAAGUGAUGAACAAUAUUUUGUUCAACUGGGAAGAACUGAAAGCUUAUUUUAUGUGUGCAGAAAAACAGUCCACACCUGAUUGUAUGUACAAAGCAAGGGUUCUUCAUGGGAUGCUCAAUGAUCAUAUCAAUUUUCUGUAUAUGCAUUGUCUCACACCACUGAUUGCUGAAUUUGAAAGAGUAAAUGCAUACUUUCAGUUAACGGAUGCAGAUCCACAAAGUCUAGAAGAAGAAUUAAGAUGUCAUUAUCAGAGUCUGUGUGCUAGGGUAAAAAAUUACCAAGGGGAGAUCCUGCCAGUGGAGGAAGUUGACUUUGGAGCUAAAUUUGCACAAGAGGUACAGAGACAUUUAGAAAAAUAUCCAGAAUCUGAAGAAAGAAUUCAAGAAGUGAAGGUGCGAUGCCUUGCUUUUAUCAAUGAGGCCAUACAGCAGUUAGAAAGGCGCCUUCCUCCCACUCAAAAUACAUUCAAGAGCUUAUCGGCUUUGAACCCGGUAAAAAUUCUGAGUCAGUUUGAGAGGGUAAAGUUUAAAGAUCUUCCUUUCCCACAUUUGGUUGCAAACAAUUUUGUCAAAAUUGAAGAACAAUACAGGAAAAUUUUGCAUGUAGACUGUAGCGAGGAACCUGUGUUCAGCGGCAAAAUACCAGAAAACAGCACAGAUUUUUGGUCUCGGGUGUUGCGAUCGAGAGCCAAGGCUGUUACAUCAGAGACGGCCUUUGGCACAGCAAUUCCACUAUAA